UGUGCGGGCUGGUGGUGCAGACAGCCAUGACCUCUGCGGCCGAUCUGCACGACUCGACCAGCUACAGGCAGCCCGAGUACUUGUUCAUGGCCAUGUUUGAGGAGGCGUGCGCGCCAGACUCGGCUGCCUCUCGUUGGGCCCGCCAGACCGAGCUCGUCAUCGACGACUCGCAGGAGGAUGCCGGCCCGCUCCUCGACCUCAUCGUCCAUCCUGAGGAGGAGUCCAUGUGCGGGCCGGUGUGCGAGAUGCUGCUCCGCGCCUGCAACCACGUUGUUGAAGAGGUUCUUGACGAUCCCGAGCUGGGCACAAAGCUUUGGUCGUCCAGCUCGUACGCGCUCCGCGCUCAGCUCUCGGCCAUGACCCGCGCCCUCUGCAUCGAUGUCUGUCCCGACCCGCCGCUCUCCCUGAGCCAGCGCGCAAAGGUCGACGACCUCAUCGCGGCUGAUCCGUGGUCACCGCUCGACCCGCACAUGGCUGCCACCAUCGACUCGCUCCACCAUCUGGAUCUUUAACCGGCCAGCCGCGUCUUGCGCGUGCGUUCACACCAACGUCCGG